AUGGGCAACUGCUGCGGCAGCGAAGACAAGAACUUCUCGGGUGAAGGAAGAACAUUAGGUGCACAACCCGCGAGUGCUCCAGCACGGACGGGCAAUGCCUCCGCAGCUGCCCCACCCAAGAUCGGCGGCGUAGGGCGGACAUUAGCUGGCAAGGACUCCUCGCCGUCUUCUGGCCAGGAUCCGAAGGCGGCGGCUGCGAGGGCGGCGGAGGUAAGAUCACUUUCCUCUACCAACAUCAAGGAGAAGACUGCUGGACGCAGCAGUGUGGAGCGACGUCAUGGCAGUGGUGGCAGGAUGGAACGUGCAAAAGCAAAUACGCAAGGACGAGGCAAACUCGGCAAACAGCUCGAUGCACAACGGAGUCAGAGUCAGGCCAACGCUUUAGCUCAGACGGCACGCGAUAAUGUCGCUUCGAGGGAUGCGGAUGCGGCGGCGCAAGCGAGGAAUUAUAACUGA